GGUUUCUUUCAAUUGUUUCUUUUGUUUUCUUAUGAAAUUUUCUGCUGUGAAAGAAACAUAUUGAUAAAUAAACUAGUCAAUGUUAUCAAUUUCAUUAUCACACGAAAAACCAAUUCAACAUUGCAUGGUUAUGUACUAUAUACAUUAAAAAAAUGUGUUUCAAUGGUAGAAUUCUUGGACAAAGAAUUUUUCCUGGAAACCAGACAACAUUGACUUACUGAUAGGUUUAACUUCCAUAUCGUCUCCGCAAUAAUAGAAACUUGGUUGGAGCAAAACAUUGAAGGGACUACAAACUGUUUACCAUGGUUGGAAUGGAACUCAUACCGAUAGGUACAAUUUUGGCUGUUCUAACCAGCCAGGUUAUCAAAACAGCGAAUGCAGCAAUCGAUGUUCUUGUCGAAAAAGAAAGUUUUAAUGUCCUUUCAAAACACCUUCUUGAUAUUGCACCAGUCCUAAAGGAAUUACAGCUUCAGGAAUUGAAUGAGUCACAAGCUGCAAGGGUUGCUCUGGAGUCUCUUGAAUCAGAUGUAAAAAAAGCAAGUAAUUUGGUCGAUAAGUAUAGAAACCGCGGCCGUUUUUACUUACUUAUGAAGUGUCGAUACAUAGUCAAGGAGGUUGAACAAGUCAUUAGGGAUAUCGGAAGCUCUUUGGCUGCACUGUCUCUCGCAAAUACCGAAGUCCUAUCAAGAAUUUCUGAUCAAGUCAACAGAUUACAGAGCGAGAUGCAAAGGGCGGAGUUUGAAGCUUCACAGUCUCAGCUUGACAUUGUUGAUAAGUUGAACCAUGGAAUUAAGGAGCAAAAAUUAGAUCAAGCUUUUGCGAACGAUAUGCUUGAGGAGAUAGCAAGGGCAGUUGGGGUGCCAGUGGAGCCUUCAGAGAUCAGCAAAGAGAUAGCCAGCAUUAGAUGGGAAAAAGAAGAAGCUGCCAACAGGAAAGAAAGAGCAGAAGUUAUUUUUUUGGAGCAGAUCAUUUUGCUACUCUCUCAAGCUGACGCUGCAAGGGAUUAUGAAGAAGUUAAGAAACAGUACUUUAAAAGGGUUCAGGUAAUAGAGCGAUAUGGCUCGAGGGAAAAAUAUAUUCCGCCUCUUAAUUCUUUCCUUUGUUCGAUAACCGGAGAAGUUAUGAUAGAUCCUGUGAGUCUUUGCACUGGUACUACAUGCGAGAGAUCUGCCAUCAAAGUUUGGUUUGAUGAUGGAAACUUGACUGACCCUAAAACAGAAGAAGUUCUUGAAGAUACUACUUUACGAUCGAAUGUUCGAUUACGAGAAUCCAUAGUAGAGUGGAGAGAACUUAAUUACUGCUUUAGAAUAAAGUCUAUCAAGGAAAACUUAUUAUCCAAUUCUGACUUAUUGUUGAAAGAGUCCUUGAGUCAAAUGCAGGCUCUUAUGAGAGAGAACUCAAUUAACAAGGAUUGGAUUUCUAUAGGAGAGCUUACCGAUACUAUUAUCUCUAUCCUUGGGAACUCUGAUUCCACAGAUGUCAAGAUGAAGAUCUUGAUUACUUUGAAGGAUGCUGUAGAGGGGCAUGCAAGAAACAAGGAAAAAGUGGUUGAAUCUCAAGGAUGGGAUCACAUUAUUUCCUGCUUACAAAAUGGCUCUAGAAUUUCAAAGGAAGCAAUUGAUUUGCUAUAUGAGUUACUUCAAGACCGUUCUGGUUGGAAUAGAAGUUUCUGCAAAAGGCUUUCUGAGCAUCCCAGCGCAAUACUUUACCUUGUUACCAUUCUAAAGGAACCUGUCAGUGAUUCAACUGGGAUUGCAGAAAAGAUUUUGAUGGAGCUUUUUGAAAUAGAUGAGGAAAAUGUUUCUUGUGCUGCUAAGUUUGGCUGGUACAAAGAGCUUGUUGAUCGCAUUAUUCAAGGACCGGAGUCUUCAAGAAUCUCAAUGGUUAAAGCCAUGAUUAAUUUGGAAUUGGAAGAAUCAAACUUGAAACUCCUUGGCGGGCAAGGAGUUAUACCUUCUUUGCUAGAAAUGCUAUCUGGAAGCAUUGAAUUGAAAGAAUUAUCAUUAUCAGCCUUGGUCAAACUAGCAGGAGUUCAUGCCAAUAAGGGAAUUAUUGCUGCAUAUGGAGGUGUGCCUCUUGUUCUAGAUUUAAUGUUCUCUCGCAGGACACGAGCGUUCAUUACCAUUAAAUGCUUUGAAAUCCUUGAGAAGCUUUCAUCUGAUGAUGAUGGAAUUGAUUUCUUUAUUGACGGAGAAGGGAAACAACUCGAGUUAGAUAACAUUAUCACCAAUUUGCUAGCUCUACAGCAGCUUCCUAACUCAGUUCAGUAUUUCCGUAAGCCUGCAUUGCGCACUCUUCUUGGCAUUUGUAAGUUUGAAACAGGUUUAGUUAAGAAGGCGGUUUUGGCAGCGAAUGGUGUAUCACAAAUUCUUCCCCUUCUUGAUGACCCUGACUCGGAAAUCCGGGAAACUGCCAUAUGUCUUCUCUUUCUUUUCUCACAACAUGAACCAGAAGGAGUUGUUGAAUACCUCUUCAGGCCGAGAAGACUCGAAGCUUUAGUCGGGUUUCUUGAGAAUGAUGAAAAUAAUGAUGUACAAGUAGCUGCUGCUGGUUUACUUGCCAACCUUCCUAAAUCCGAACGAAAACUCACUAUGCAAUUAAUCAAUUUGGGUGGCCUUGAAGCAAUCGUAAACAUUUUGAAAAAUGGUACGAUGGAUGCAAAAGAAAACGCUCUCAGUGCACUCUUCAGGUUUACAGAUCCAACAGAUAUUGAGUCACAGCGUGAUUUGGUUAAACGGGGAAUAUAUCCUUUGCUAGUAACUUUUCUCAAUACUGGUUCAGUGACAGCAAAGGCGAGAGCAGCAGCAUUUAUCGGUGAUCUAUCCAUGAGCACUCCAAAGCUCACAGUUGCCUCAAAAUCAACCUUUUCCUGGUGUUUUAGAUCAUCUCGAGCUUCUUUAUGUUCAGCACACGGAAGCGUUUGCAAUGUGAAUUCCACAUUUUGUCUGUUGGAAGCAAAUGCUUUGCCUGGUUUGAUAAGGCUUUUACAGGAGGAAGUUCAUGCAACUGCUUAUGAAGCUAUACAAACACUUUCCACAUUGGUUUUAGAAGACUUUCCUCAGAGAGGAGCUCGUGUGUUGCACGAGUCGAAUGCAAUGAGGCCGUUAUUGAAAAUUUUGAACUGGGGAAGUGAUUCUCUCAAGGCAGAAGCUCUAGGACUCUUGGAGAAGGUGUUUGUCUCAAAGGAAAUGGUUGAUUAUUAUGGAUCAACGGCUAGGUUACGUCUAUUUGGUCUUACCGGCAUGAAUGUAUAUGGUGAUGGCCACCUAAGGAGAAAGGCUGCAAGGGUACUGUCAUUGCUUGAACGCUAUUCGAGGUCAAGGUCGUCAUCAUCUUCAAUCACUGCUGUUGUUAGUGAGAAUCGACGCUUAUAAGUAAGAAGUUAGAACAUGAUUUGCUUCAAAACAUUUAACACUUAUGUAUCUAUUUGUAAUUGCCAAUUAACCCUGUUAUUUCAUA